UUGUAGUCGACCCCCGAUAGAUUCAUAAUCACAACAGAGCGGCACAGACAGCUGGAAAACACCCGACAAAUCUCCUCGGAAGUUCCCUGAUAAGUCACAAAUAAGUUUCUUGGGACUUUUCUUCAACAUGGCGGACAGUGAGGAUAUCUUUCUGAGAGCUAAACAUCGGACUUUCAGCGGACUAACUGAAGAUGCAGAGAGCAAGUGGACGGGCCCUUUUUUCUUCAUCCAGGCGGCGGACCCCCAGCUGGGGCUGAUGAAGGCCUGGAAGGAGGGCGACUGUGAGGGAGGAGGGGACGAGUGGACGGAGGAGGUGGAGCUCAUCAGGCGGGCGGUGGAGGCCGUGAACCAGCUGAGACCCAGACCCAGGUUCAUGGUGCUGUGCGGAGACCUGGUGCACGCCAUGCCAGACACCCCGUUCAGAGAGGGUCAGGAGCGGGACCUGAAGAAGGCUCUGAAGGGGACGGACCCCUCCAUCCCACUGGUGUUCGUCAGUGGGAACCACGACCUGGGGAACACCCCCACCCCCCGGACGCAUGAGCAGUUCUGCAGUGCCUGGGGGAAUGACUAUUUCAGCUUCUGGGUGGGCGGGGUCCUCUGCCUGGUUCUGAACUCCCAGCUGUUCCACGACGCCUCGGCUUGCCCUCAGCUGAAGGAGGCCCAGGAGACGUGGCUGGAGGAGCAGCUGAGCCGAGCCUCCUCCUCAGCGGAACCCAAACCCAAACACGUCCUGGUGUUUCAACACAUUCCUCUGUACCUGAAGACCCCCGAUGAGGAGGACGACUACUUCAACCUGAAGAGGGAGGUCAGACAGAGCCUGCUGGAGAGGUUCAAGAGGGCAGGGGUGAAGGCGGUGUUUUCGGGUCAUUACCACCGUAACGCGGGGGGUCUGCACGACGGGCUGGACAUGGUGGUGAGCUCAGCGAUCGGCUGCCAGCUGGGCGACGACGCACACGGCCUGCGGGUGGUGCUGGUGACCGACGAGGCCAUCGUGCACCGCUACGUCAGCCUGGAGCAGCUGAGCGUGGGGGGGGCGGACCGAGACCUCCAGGAGCUGCUGCAGGGAUGAAGGAGGAGGAGGAGGAGGAGGAGGAGGAGGGGAAGGGGAAACCAGGAAAACCGGGAAAAAUCUCAGUAUUUCUUGUGCUGUUUUGAGCCCCCUGCACUCGAAGGCACACAAGAAGGUUUUCACAUGUUUUAUUUUGAGUCCUUUCCAUAAUGUUUUCUGACAGAUAAUAAUACAAAUCAAUUUAAAUCUGGAGAUAUGGAAAGGAAUCCCCAACAAUCACCAGUUAGUCUUUCUAAACUCUUAACUGCCAUUUGUUAACCCAAAACACUUUAGAAAGUACUGAUUCAUAAUUGUUAUGGACAUACAUUGACUGUUGCAUACAAAAACAUGGAAAGAUGAGGUUAAAGUAUUACAAAAGUUUGCAUUUUAAAACCAACAAUUAUUCAUUAGGCGCUUUCACACCGCAGUACUUUUCCCACAAAGGUUCAUCAGUACUUAGUUCAUGAG